AUGGCCGAUUGCAUUCAGUUAGAGUUUCUUCACAUUGGCAACAAUCAGAUCAGUGACAUCUUCCCUUCUUGGUUAGGGGUACUUCCAGUAUUGAGGGGUCUCAUUUUUGGGUCGAACGCAUUUCAUGGGAUAAUUGGGAAGCCUUCAACUGGUCAUGAGUUCCCAAACUUAUGCAUCAUUGAUUUAUCCAACAAUCUAUUUUCAGGAAUGUUGCCUUCUAAGUACAUGGAGAACUGGAAUUUCAUGAAAUAUGUUGUUGCAAACGAGGGAAGCCGGUACUUUGAAGUCUCAUCGAACGACAACACAAAUAAAUAUGGAUAUUACCUUCAAUUUUCAUACGAGAUGAUAAUUCAUGUAAAAGGUGUUAAGUUGACAUAUGAUCAGACCCCCUAUGAUCUGAGACUCAUAGAUUUCUCAAGUAAUAGAUUUGAAGGAGAGAUUCCAGCAAGUAUCAUUGGGAGUUUAAGAGCACUUCAGUUGCUAAACCUCUCCAACAACACUCUCUCUGGUCAAAUCCCCUCAUCUCUGGCGAGCUUGACUGCUCUUGAAUCGUUGGAUCUCUCUCAAAACAAGCUCUCAGGAAUGAUCCCUGGUAGUUUGGCACAACUCACUUUCCUUGGGUACUUCAACGUGUCGUAUAACCAUCUUUGGGGGCCUAUACCACUUGGCCAACAAUUUGGUACAUUCCUAGAAGAUUCAUACCAAGGAAACUCAGGUCUGUGUGGAGAGCUUUUGUCCAAGAAAUGCGAGCCUUCUGAGAGCUCGAGGCGACCGCCACGAUCAAGCUUUGAAGAAGAUGAAGAGGCUGGAUUUCCAUUUGAGUUUGACUGGUAUGUAGUCUUGCCAGGAGUUGUUAGCGGACUAAUAGUGGGAGUGGUUACUGGAAACACAUUGGCAGACAAGAAGCAUGAAUGGUUUGUGGAGACAUUCAGCAGGAGGAGAAAGCCAACAACCGCAAGGGCGACGAGGAGAUGCCGACCUUAG